AUCUUGUCGUUGUCUUGCUUUGGAAACUCCAACCCAAGGGACCACAAGGCAGUGACUUUUUGGGUUUUAUAGGGUUUACAUCUGUUGAUUUUCAAAGGCUGCGAUUGGAAUUGAUAUUGCUGGUGGAGUGGGUUUCUCCUAUUUAACGGGCAAGAAUCUCACUUUGGUGCAUCUCCUUGGAUGGGAUCUUGGCAGGGAUUGAAUUCGACAAAUUUGGUUCACACCAGUUCUCGAUCAGCUAGCUGAUUGCCAAAGGAAAUGGAUGCUGUUGGUAAAGCCGGCUAUGAUCUGUGUGGGAAGCUUGAUUUUCAAGCCAACAAAGGGGCUCUAGUUCCCUUAAUGAGUGUUGAGAGCAUGGGUAUGAAGAGGAUCGGCAAAGAUGUGAACAUGAUUGGCAGUAUAUGGAGGCGGCUGGGGAUCUUGCUUCUAAGGAGAAGGCUCACACCCCUCUUAGUUCUCUGCAGCAUGCUUGAUCCCUUGGCAGCUCUGCAGCCUCUGUGCAGCUUAGCUUUCUACACUUUGCUGCCAUUUUGUGCAGCUUUCAUUUUCAUUUGCUGCUACUUUUGCAGCUUGAACACCACAGCUCCAACACUCCUCCUUGGUGUUAAAGCUGUAAAAUCAGAACAUUUAUGCCUAAGCACCUGGGAUCAGCCCUUUGCUGUCCAUCUUGUGCUUGCUCUCCCUUCUUCAUUUGCUGCCAUUUUGUGCAGCCUUUCAUUUUCACUUGUUGCUACUUGGCAGGUUGAACACCACAACUCCAACAGUUUCAGGCUCAAGCAAGAAGAAGAAACUGCUGCACUAGAUACUAUUGGUCCAGAUAAAACAAUAAAAAUUGGUGAAACUCUAGUUUCAUCCAAUGGAAGCUUUGAGCUUGGAUUCUUCAGACCUGGAAGUUCCAAGAGUCUGUACUUGGGUAUAUGGUACAAGAAAGUGAAGAAACCAGCAACUCCGAUAGUUGUGUGGGUAGCUAAUAGAGAAAAUCCACUUUCUGAUGGUGAUGGGGUUCUGGUACUAGACUCGAAGGGAACUCUUGCUCUUCUUAAUAGCACAAAGGGUGCCGUUUGGUCAUCCAAUACUUCAAGAAGUGCAGAAAAACCAGUUGCUCAGCUCCUGGAGUCAGGAAACCUUGUAGUGCAAGAUGAAAAAAAUUACAACCCAGGCAACUAUCUGUGGCAGAGUUUUGAUUAUCCAUCUGAUACAUUACUGCCGGGAAUGAAGCUUGGAAAAAACUUUAAAACCGGGUUUGAGUGGUUUUAUACAUCCUGGAGAAGCACAGAUGACCCAGCUCCAGGAAUAUAUUCGGCACGUGUAGACACUCGAGGGGUUCCCCAAUUAGUAUUUGAGAAGGGACCUAAAAUUCAGUACAGGGCAGGGCCAUGGAAUGGUAUUGCUUUUGCAGGGCAUUUUGCUAGGUCAUAUUCUGUAGUUUCAGCUCAAUAUGUGUUUACUGAUGAAGAGGUAUACUAUAGGUAUGAGCCCGAAGAUAGCUCAGUUGAAACAAGGUGGGUGUUGAAUUCAUUUGGUCUUAUUCAGUUCUUCUCGAAAAAAGGGAUUGAUGAUUGGAAGCUUCAGAAGGCUCCUGAAGAUGACUGCCAAAAUUAUGCCUUCUGUGGAAAAUUUGCUAACUGCAAUAUCAGUAAAUCUCCUGUAUGUUCAUGCUUGGAAGGAUAUUUGCCCAAAUCUCCAGUAGAUUGGAAUUCAGGAUAUUGGUCUGACGGUUGUGUUAGAGAUACCCCCUCAGAUUGUGAAAAAGAUGUGUUUCUCAAGCAUACAGGGUUGAAAUGGCCGGAUACAUCCAAUUCCACAAUAAACAUGACAAUGAACCUCAAGGAAUGUAAGCAAAUGUGUUUGACAAAAUGCUCCUGUACAGCAUAUACUGAUGCGGAUGUCAGAGAUGGAGGAAGUGGCUGCUUGCUGUGGUUCGGUGACUUGAUUGAUAUACGAGAUCUCACACCGGGAGGACAAGACCUCUAUACACGACUCGCACCUUCAGACAUGGCUCAUCUUGACAGGACAAAGAGAUCAAGGGAGAUGAAGAAAGCAGCAUUAAUGGUGAGCUCUGUCAUCUUAGGCACGUUAAUCCUAGUAGUGGGGUUUGUUUUCUGUGUAAGGAAGGAAAAAUGCAGAAACGAAGGACCCAAAAAAAGGCAUUUCAGAAAUGAUUACAUGAAUGAUGAAGAAAAGGAAGACAUGGAGUUGCAGAUGUUUGAUUUGGAAAUCAUUACUAGUGCUACAAAUAACUUUUCAAGCAAAAACAAGUUGGGACAGGGUGGCUUUGGUCCUGUGUACAAGGGUACAUUGUUAGAGAAGAAGCAAGACAUAGCAGUGAAGAGACUAUCGAGGAGUUCAGGACAAGGACUUCAAGAGUUCAAGAAUGAAGUUAUGUUGAUUGCAAAGCUUCAGCAUCGAAAUCUGGUAAAGCUUCUUGGUUGUUGCAUUGAAGGAGAUGAAAAAAUGUUAAUCUACGAGUACAUGCCAAAUAAAAGUCUAGACUACUUUAUUUUUGGUUAGAUUUCUCUUGUCCCUCACCUCUAAUCAUCCUAUUUUUGAACUCUCCUCUAAGUAUUUGAUUAUUUAUUGCACUAACAAUGAGGAGAAAUGAGUCAGAUAAAGAAAGAAGCAAGCUAUUA